UCUCAUGUACGGUUACGCUGUGUUGACUCCAUUGAUGCCAUAUUCUAAGACGCCAUUACUUUUACUGGUGUGUGAGGGCGCCCUCUACAUCUGGACGAUCCUAGACUUCAUCAAUGACAUAGCCUCUGUGAUGGAUCUGAUGCUAAUAAGGAUAAAAUGGUGCUGUACAUCUGUGGACACAAAGAGAAAAGCCAGAUAUAAAUUUCUCUCUAGAUUAAAUGAUAUGUGGAAGGUCCUGGGACUCCUGUGUGUCUUUCUUGCUGUUGCUACCUUUUUGGCAAGGCUGAAACCAUCGACGACUUUCAAAAUGGCUACUCGCUUUUGUGCUCUUCUACUUCUCUUCUCGUGUCUUCGGCACAUGCGUGUUUUUGUUGUUCAUCAGCUGACAGGAAUUACAUUCGUUUUCCUGAAACACAUGCUUCUACAUCUGGUGCAGUUUUUGAUUACGAUAGCAUUCUUUGUGCUGGGAGUAGGGGUUUUCUUUGAGGCUAUCGUCCAUCAGCAGUAUCAGCCUGGACUUUUCCCGGGGAAGUGGUACGAGUGGCGGAUCUGGAGGAUCAUAUACUACCCCUACUACCAGUACUACGGAGAAGUAUUUGAUGAUGACUUUGGCAUAAAGACAAGCAACGAUGAAGUGGAUUGGAGUGUGAAAGCUGUAGCAGCAAUACAUAUGAUGGUGGGGAAUCUCCUCAUCGUCAACUUGAUUAUCGCCCUUUUUACGUGA